AUGGAAAAGGCACUUGCACGCUACGGUGUCACUCAUCGUCUUUCCACCGCGUACCACCCGCAAACUAGUGGCCAAGUAGAGAAUGCUAACCAAGGGGUGAAGAGGAUCUUAGAGAAAACGGUAGGAAAAAGUAGAAAGGAUUGGUCGGAAAAGCUCGACGACGCUUUGUGGGCUUUCCGCACCGCCUAUAAGACACCGUUAGGAACAACACCCUUUAUGAUUGUGUAUGGCAAAGCUUGCCAUCUUCCGGUAGAGUUAGAGCAUAGAGCCUUGUGGGCAUUGAAAGCCGUUAAUCUUGACCUUACCGAGGCCGCUAGAAGGAGGUUCUUCCAAAUUCACGAGUUGGAAGCAUUGAGGGAUGCCGCCUAUGAACGAUCUUGGAGUAUCAAGGAAAAAACUAAGGCAUUGCAUGAUAGGAGGUUGCGAGGCUUGAAAGAGUUUAAGGUAGGUGAUAAAGUGCUUUUGUUUAAUUUGAGGUUGAAAUUGAUAGCAGGGAAAUUGAAAUCAAGAUGGAGUGGAACGUAUGUGGUAAGAGAAGUGUUUCCAUACGGCACGGUUGAAUUAUACAACGAAGUCGACAAAGGAGUAUGGAAGGUAAAUGGUCAUAGAUUGAAACAUUACUUGGGAGGUCCCAUUGAUACCACCGAAGAGGAAGAAAUUCCUCUAGAGGACCCACCCACCUUCACCGAGCAGUGA